UCGGUAGUAUUCUCUCUCUCUACAGAUAUACGCAUUCAAUUUUAACUUCUUUUUUUCCCUUCAUUCUUCUUUUGUCUCUGCAAACAAUGCCGGACCUCGGAAACCUCUCUCUCUCAGCUUCACUAACCCUCACGACCUCCCCUAACUUCAAAUUGCUCACUGAUUCACCCGAACAGAGCUUGGUCAAAACCCUAGGCCUUGACUGCGAUUGGGACCAGAGGUUGAGGUUCGCGACUCUGCACAAUGCCGAGGUCAGCACUGGCGCUGCAAUCAGGGUUUUCCGGCGGAGCCGGCCAUUGGUGGACAGAUCGAAGAAGAUCUCCAGCGGCAAGAGUUUGGAGGACAAUGUGCGCGAAUGGGUUUCCAACAGAGUGGAAUUGGGCAUUCCUGAGUCGCGGUGCUCGUUGCCGUUUCUUGACGGCGCAAAGAAAUUGGUUGAAUGUCUUGUUUGCCAUUAUUAUGUGUACCCUGGGGAGGAGGUGGUAUGCUCUGUUCGUGGUUGUCAAGGAGUGUAUCAUGGGAAAUGUGUGAAGGAAAGGCUUCGAAUCUCUAAUAUGAAAAAGUUCAAGUGUCAGCAACAUGCAUGCUUCAUUUGCAGACAGAGGGUAGAUUGGCGGUGUAUGCGAUGCCCUAUAGCGUCACAUGAUAAAUGUGCAGCUUGGCCGGAUGAAGUGAUUUACUUGAAAGACCGGCCAGGGAAGGCUGUUUGUUGGAGGCAUCCUACAGAUUGGCGGCAGGAUAGGAAGCAUGUGGUUUCGACAAGCAGUAUAGAGGAGGUAUUCUGUCGCUUGCCUCUGCCUUACACUGAUGAGGAGUUCAAGAUUGACUUGACUUGGAAAGAUAUGGAUAUUAAAUUAGAGCCACCUCCAUAUGUGCACAUCAGGCGUAAUAUUUACCUAGUCAAGAAGAAGCGUGAUGGCAUUGAUGAUGAUGUUGGAUGCACAUGUCGCACUUCCAUAUGCUCCGAGGAUUGUGUUUGCAGGGGUCAAUGCAUAAGCUGCUCAAAGGCUUGCCAUUGCUCAGAAAAUUGCUCAAACCGACCAUUUCGCAAGGAAAAGAAGAUCAAAAUCGUAAAGACUGAACACUGCGGUUGGGGAGCAGAGGCAGCUGAAUCUAUUAAGAAAGGCGAUUUUAUAAUUGAGUACAUCGGGGAAGUUAUUGAUGAUGCUUUGUGCGAACGAAGGCUUUGGGACAUGAAGUACAAAGAGGUGCAGAAUUUCUAUAUGUGUGAAAUUCGAAAAGACUUUACAAUUGAUGCAACUUUCAAAGGAAAUCCAUCUCGAUUUUUGAACCACGGCUGUGAUCCCAACUGUGUCCUUGAAAAGUGGCAAGUUGAGGGUGAAACACGGGUGGGUGUGUUUGCUGCAAGAUCAAUAGAAGUUGGAGAGGCAUUAACAUACGAUUACAGAUUCGUGCAAUUCGGACCCGAGGUGAAGUGCCAUUGUGGUGCUCCAAAUUGUCAAGGCUACCUUGGAAGCAAGAGAAAGAUUAAUAAGGUGGAACUUUGCUGGGGUUUAAAACGCAAAAGAACAUCAACUGCUUGCCUAGCAAUCAUUACUCAAUGAUUUCUCCCACAUAGACGUAUUUUGUUGUAUCUCCAUCUGAUGUUGUGGAUUGCCCAUAUCAAGAAAUGUGGGCAAAUAGAAGAAAAAGAAAAAUUAAAAAAACACAGAUUAAAUAAUCACACCUUGUUAUUGUUUGGAUACAAUCUAAGGAACAUUUUGUCUUGUAAGAUUGUAACGUUGUUCAAUCCUCUGCAGCAUUUGUAUUGGCCGUAAAACAGUGCAUUAGUAAAGCCUGUAAUUGAUUUGCCCAUGUGGGGAUAUGUAGUUACAUUUGAUCAAAAUAAGAAAAUUGACCUUCUUGUUCA